AUGCUUUCACUUUUUGAUAAAUUUUGUCGUCUAAAUUUAUAUAAUAAUUUUAUUAUAAAUGAUACUAUUACACUUCAUAAAUUUAUACACAGCACAAAUAUAAUAAAUGAUAAUAUUUUUACUAGAAUAUCUGCUAGUGAAUUAUGGAAAGGAGUUACCAGUGUUAGCCCAGCAGGCAAAAAGAGAGGAAGAGGAAAAGGAAAAAAUAGGAAAAUAGUUAGGGAUCUUAAUAAAGGUCAAAUUUUAGGAUUUGGUAAGAAAAACAUGUUAUGGCCUGGAUUAAAUGCGCCUGUGUUGGAGCAAGGUAGGCAGAUGUUAAAAAUUAAAUCCUUACCACCUGAUCCUGACAGGGAAAAACGUAUGCAUGAAUUGAGGGACAAAAUAUACAAAUUCAAGCCACUCAAACUUUCGAACAUGGACAAGGGUUGGUCAGGUGGCAUCAUGGCUGGGCGUAGACUUGGGCCUCCCGAUGCACUCACCCACGGGAAUUACUCGGAGGAAUAUGACGAGAACGAAAAGGAGGAAAUAUUGGCUACGGAGAAAACGGAACACGGUUUCGAUUCGAAGGUUCUCAAGCUCAGGAUCGUGUGUCACAUGACGGGAAAUAUGGGAAGGAAGCGCAAUUUUAGCUGCAUAGUUAUAACUGGCAAUAAAAAGGGACUCAUAGGAUGGGCCUUUAGUAGAUCUCCGGAAGCCAAAGUGGCGCUGAGGAAAGCCAAGAAUAAAGCUUUCAAACAUCUCAUAUUCGUGGAGCGGCACGACGAUCGUACCAUUUAUCAUACGCUAUAUGGCAAAGAAUUCGGGACUAAAGUGCACAUCUUCCGAGCACCGCCGGGACACGGAAUUAUAGCUCACCGGGUCAUCAAAACCAUAUGCGAAAUGGUGGGCAUCAAGGAUCUUUACGCCAAGGUUGAAGGGUCCGUCAAAAAUUAUCACAAUUUAACGCGAUGCGCCAUUCAAAUGCUCGCUAAACAAGAAACCUACCAACAGUUAGCGGAUCGAACCGGAUAUAAUAUUGUAGAAUUUUCUCCAGAGACCGAAUUUCUACCCACGGUUUUAGCCGCCCCCAAAGAUGCCACAAUUGUCAAUCCUGCUCAGAAACCCCCUUCCUUCGAAGACCUAUACACCGACGGUGGAAAACUCUUUAAGGCCCGCAGGAAACCCGAUCCAUUGUUUAAAGACUUGCCCAGUUACGCCAAAUACCUAGAACUCAGCGAUAGGUUUAGGAACAUGGAAGAAUUAAGGGUUAAGAUGGAGGCCGAGAAGGAUAUAACGGGCCUGCCACCCCACCCGUUGACCGAAGCUGAUAUGGUGAAAUCAAUCAAAACGGAAGAAGAAGUGGAAGCCUAAAGAACCGAGCGAGUUUAGGAUGAAAUAUAUUGAACAUACUUUCUUGUUAUGUAUAAAAGAUCUUUGUGGCUCAUUUUAUAACACUCUAUUUUUUUGUUAAAUGCAAAUGACCUGAAUGCCAUAUAAUUUUAUAUAUAUAUUUAUAUAUGUUUGUGUAAUUCGAUUA